AUGCCCCAAGGAAAUAUCAAAGAACAAAGUUCCGCUUAUGACACAAAAACUACUUCUAUUAUGGACGUGGAUCCGCCAGUAGCCGGUGAGACACCUUCAACGCUUGGUCAGCCCGCUAACGAUUCUAAAUCGGAGUCCUCCGGCGUGGAAUGGGACGUGAAGAUGGAAAUAGAAUUCUUUCGUGCCAUUAUGAAACACCGACCAGUCGGAAUUCACCGUCAUUUUCACAUGGUAAACGUCCACCGCGACUUUAAUGCCAACAGCGCAGUAAAGUGCACUAUACCUGAACUGUGGGAACGAUUUGGAACAUACUUUAACUUGUCCAAGCUUGAAGAAUUGGAUAGAGAAUUCAACGAAGAAGUGGACGAAGAUAGUGCAUAUGUAGAAUUUAAUCUACCUAUGGACGAAUACUACAAUCUUAUGAUCGAGAAUAGUAGGGCAGGCUCAUCGCGCGGACCUUCACCUUCACCUGCACCAUCGAGACAUCAAAAAGGACGUAAGGAACCUUCGCCUUCACUCUCACGUUCUUCUCCCGACUCUUCGCUGGAUCCUGAAGAUUCCAAGAAAACCAGAAGAACGCGUACGGCGAGAAAGUCGGACACAACUGAGCCUACGAAGACAAAACGCACUGGUACUAGUAGAUCGAGAAAAACUUCUGAUGCUGUCGCAACUUCGAGUGGAACUUCGAAACGUGGUGGCCGCAAAAAGAAACAAUAA